AUGCGACUGCCGAUCCUUUUUCUGGUCUUUUGUGCACUUUAUGACGCGCGCGGGACGUGGCCGCACGCGGCCAACCACUCGGCGACGCGCGCUCCGCGGCGGUCGAUGACAGGCCCUCCGCGGGCACUCGAGGCGACGCGGGCAGCUGCGUGGGCCGCCACUGCGCGAGUGGUCCACGAGGCCAAUGCCGAGCACCGAGCGGGCAGAAAGAGCUACUUCUUGGGCUACAACGAGCUGAGCGGCUGGACGGACGAGCAGUACCGCGCGUGGCUGGGCGCGCGGCCCGACAAAGAGCCGCGCAGGCGACAGUCGCCGCAGAGGUGGGGGCAGCAGGUGAAGGGCAAAAGAGGACGGACACGGGACAAACGAGGGGGUGCCGAGUUGCUUGAGCCAGUGGAUAUAGUGGGAGAGGGCGGAGGCCAUGCGGGUAGCGAAGACGACCGACAGGGGGACGUGCCAACGGCAGUGGACUGGACGACGGCAGCGGGGGGCAAGUACAUGACACCGAUCAAGAACCAGGGGACGUGCGGUAGCUGCUGGGCCUUUGCAGGCGUGUCGGUCGUCGAGUCGAGGUUUGCGAUCGAGAAUGACGUCCCGGCUUCGGUCUUGAGUGUCGAGCAGGUGCUGAGCUGCUCGGCCGCUCUGGACCACAUCCAGAGCCACUACGCGGACAACAUGACGAGCUCGUCGGAAGGAUGUGCGGGCGGCAUGCCGUUCCUCACGUACUCGUACCUGGAUCUCGCUAUGCCGCACGGCAUCUCGUGCGAAAGCGCGUACCCGUACGUGAUGGCGACGAAUGCGACAGAGAUGCAGUGUCACGUGUCGACAUCAGCUGAGGUCGCCGUGGCUUGGGACAAGGACGUGGCAACGUACAAAGUGGUGGCUGCGAAUGAGCAGGCGCUGCUUCGCGCCGUGGCAAGCGGACCUGUCACAGCUAACAUUGAUGCCACGGGAGACGGGUUCCGACACUAUGCAGGUGGGAUAUACGACGCACAAGACUGUCUCAGCGAUGGGGACGAAGUCAACCACGCCGUCGUGGUCGUGGGCUUCGGGCAGACUGACGCGGGUGAGCAGUUUUGGAAAAUCCGCAACACGUGGGGCACCAUGUGGGGCACUGACGGCUACAUGCGCAUAGCCCGCGGCAAGAACGUCAGUGACUAUGGACCGUGCAACCUCUACCUCUACGCAGACUAUCCUGUGAACCUCACGGCCGGCCCCGCUGCGACCACUGGUGAAGCUACGUGCCCGGUGCCGUCGCCACGCUUCAAGCGCCUUUCGCUUCGGCAGCGAAUUGGUCUAUCAAGCAACCAGAUUGUUUUGCUGACGCUCUCAACUAUGUUGUGUGUAGUUGCCGGCGUGGCGCUGUACUAUGGCACGGAGUUCUUGCAAAAGCGAAAGCACGCUGCACGAGAUGUAAGCUACAAGGACAGUUGUGCACGCUGGAUAUUACCUUCCCGUGACCAACUCGCGGCAGCACUUGCUCGACACAACAACAGGCGCCAGACGCGUACGGCGAGACGAUAG